AGCAGCCCCUCUGCCUCCCUCUCCCUGCUGCCUGCGUCAGUCCCCCAGCACCGUGACGUGGCAGACUGGGAGGGAGCUGUCCAGUGGAACAGAGUGCUGAAACUGCAGCAGCAGCAUCCGUCCCUAAACUCCCAGCGCACUCUCCAUGCACCUAAAUCCAGCACUCACCCCCUGUGUUCUGCUCCUGUCCAGCUCCCUGCACCCAAGGAUGUCACAGAAGCACGUUCCCUACUUACUAUUCUAGAAAUAAGGGGAUCUACUGGCAUUGUCUUUCUCUCUAUAUAUGUAUACAUUGUAUCAUGACUCCUUCCCUUCAUAGCAAGGAAGACAACAACAGCAGCAGCAGCAGCAGGAGGAUCAUAUUCAUCAUCACUGGGAUCUGCCUGACCAGGAGGGUUCUGUGUUAGGAGCUUGUCGUUGGGAGUGGGGCGUGAAGCGGAAUUUUGGGAUUGAGAUGGUUGCUUGCCAUGCCAAGCCAGGGCAAGACAAAGACCAAGGGAAGGAAUGGCGAAAUGGGAAAUUUGCUUUCUGGGCUCGGGGUGGGAUAGCAACAGCUAUGCAGUGAGCCCACCUGGUACCUUUCAGACUGAAUAUAAAUCCUGACAAUGACGCUGUUUGGGUUGUAAAUUACUCCGACCUCUGCACCCCUCCCUGCAUAUUCCAUUCCCAGGAGACUCUGUAAGGCACGCUGUACUGCUUCUCCCUCCUUUAAAGUGAAAUAUUUACCGAAAUACUAAACUGCACCCCACCUGUCAUAUUGGGGGCAGUUGCAAAGGAAAGGGGAGGGGGAUACAAUUUAAACAAACUUUCUAUAAUUUUAUAAUUAAACUAAUCAAAUAUAAUCUAAUAUGUAAUGCCUGUUUUUGGUAAAUACUGUCAUUAUCAGCGGUCUGUUUUUGAUAAUACACUUUUUUUAUGACUAGGUGACACUUUUUAUUCCAUUGUAAAUGUAGCUGCUGUUGCUAGCUCAUUUUCUAAGAGCCAGAUUGGUUUAUAUAAGGAUUUAUUGGCAUUGCUAGAAAUCUGGGGACAGAGGGAAACUUUGCAUCUGCACAUGAGCCAAUGAUAUGGUGAUUAAAGGGAGAGAGGAUACAAAGUGAUCACAAUAGAACCCCAUAACUGCUGUGUUUCAGUCGUCUGGUCAUUAAUAGGAGACAGGCAAGGUGAGCACAAUACAAUCUGGCCAUUCCUGCUUGCAUGGUCAUUAAAACACAACCUUAUAGAAGCACAAACAGCACUGGCUGUGGAUAUUUGUGAGAGAUGGUGAGCACAAUACAAGUUUAUUAAUGUUGUGUGAUCAUGAAAUAAAUAUAGGAGGUUGAUUGAGCACGUCACAAACUUACAGAAGCAAUGGCUGGGUUCCAUUUUCACCCUUGGUUUUUGGAGUACAAAUCAGGCACAUGUUCUUGAGAACCAUCCUGCUUUUAUGGUGCUGUGGUGUACUGAGCUGUAGACAGAUGUUGCGCCAUCAAGGUCUGUUGAAGUGCCGGUGCCGCAUGUUUUUCAAUGACUUGAAGGUCUUCCUGCUCCGGCGCCCCCCUGCCAUCCCUAGUUUGCCCAUGAACAGCUCAGAAUGUGACUUGGGAGCUGGGGGUGCUUUGGCCUCCAAUAAUAACAUAAUAAUAAGAGCCUGGAGAACUCCAGCAGGUGGCACAACCCCAGAGGAGAACUGGAUUUAUCCUGGCAAUGGACUACAGCACCAGCAGAUGUCUAUGGUGAGCAGCACCUCCUCUGAUGACUUCUGCAAAGGGAAAACUGAAGACAGAUAUUCACUGGGCAGCAGCCUGGACAGUGGUAUGAGGACACCUCUUUGCAGGAUCUGUUUCCAAGGACCUGAGCAGGGAGAGCUCCUGAGCCCAUGUCGGUGUGACGGAUCAGUUCGGUGCACUCACCAGCCAUGCCUGAUUAAAUGGAUUAGUGAGAGAGGAUCAUGGAGCUGUGAGCUUUGCUAUUACAAGUACCACGUAAUUGCCAUUAGCACAAAGAACCCUCUUCAGGUAAAGUGGCAAGCCAUCUCCCUGACUGUCAUCGAGAAGGUGCAGAUUGCAGCGGCCAUCUUGGGCUCCCUCUUCCUUAUUGCCAGUAUAUCUUGGCUCAUCUGGUCGACCUUCAGCCCCUCGGCAAAAUGGCAGCGCCAGGACUUGCUGUUUCAGAUCUGCUAUGGAAUGUACGGCUUCAUGGACAUUGUCUGUAUUGGUUUGAUCAUUCAUGAGGGUCCGUCAGUCUAUCGGAUAUUUAAAAGGUGGCAAGCAGUAAACCAGCAGUGGAAAGUAAUGAAUUAUGACAAGUCUAAAGACCUGGAAGACCAGAGAUUAGGAACUAGUCAGAGGACCAACCAACAGACAAUAUCUAAUAAUAACAACUCCUCUGUUGGCGGCACAGGCAAUAUUACCACUCCUGCCGACAGUGGAAACCAUACCAAUGGCCACACUGGAACUUUAUCUGAUCACCACUGUGCUUACACCAUCUUCCACAUUCUAAGCCACUUACGGCCACAUGAACAGAGAAGUCAGUCUAAUGCUAAUAGAGAGUUUGUAAUGAGAGUGACAACCGUGUGAGGCGACCAGGAGGCCUUAUCUGUAAGGAGCAAGUGCAUGAUUCUCUGUGCCUUUUUGCCUUAAGGCCUAAGCCUGAUCCCCUCGCCAACAGAGAGGCUGCAAAAGCUCAAAAGGUGCAAGGUCCUGACAACAAACCAAGUGCAAUACUGACUGUAUAGAGAAUUCAGACUUAUAAGCAUGAUGAUAGAUUCAGACACCCAAUGGGAAGGUGCCUCCCAAGUACAUGUGCCGAGCCAAGAUAGAAAAGUAGAGAUUGUUGGCCUCAAAGGCUUAGGAGUACAGAAGAGGAUUUCGGUGGUACACCCUCUGCCCCUAUUCCCUUAACAAAAAACCACCCUCUUGAAGCAGGAUUGCUUUUAGCUGGGGCAGGGCCAACAAGGGCAAAACAGAUAUUGUUGGUCUGUAUAUCUAUAUAGGCACCUGAGGGCUGCAAACAUAAUGUUGCCACCCUAGGCAUGGGCUUUUGGGUGCCAUAUAGAAAUAAGGCCAUGAUUGUGGGCAUCUUCCCUUCUUUCACCAUAUUUUAUACCAAAUAUCCCACUACUCUUGCUACUGAAAACUGCUGAGGGACUUAAAGAGCCUCAACAGUCACCCCUAUUUGCAACUCUAUAGAAAGCUCUGUCUUGAAGCACAAAUAUGAAUCUCCUAAAUUGUUCUAUGAAGGAGCCAAACCAUCCUGUCCCCCAAGAAUCUGUAUCCAGCUCAAUUGACCCAAGGUAAUAAUUCUGCACCCCGAUCUCCAUUAGAGUAACAAAUUACUAUCAGGGUUCGACAAACUCACUUCCUUUUAGAGUUUGCUAAAAGCACGAUGAGAGUGUGAUCGUUUUAAAACAUGAUCAUAUUCUUUAUUGUGUGGGGAUAGAAAUGCAAUGUUAAGAUUUACUGAGCCUUCAGUUGAUUUCAGCUUUUUUCAAAAUGAAAAUAUUGUUCUCUGAAUGAAAGGCAAAGGAAUUUAUUGGAAAACACCUACAACUAAUUAAAACAAACGAUCAAGGGCAACAGUUCAGCAACAUUUCAAUAAAGAUUUUGUUAGAAUUUGA